AACUGUGGAGACUGCACAGGUUCGAAGGCUGCUAUCUCUCCUGAGACUUCCCGAGGUUGCUUUACCUUAGGGGCGCUCAAUGUAACGCCCCAGAAAGCACUAAAUCCUUGACCUCAACUCUUCCCGCCUCCCCUCGCGCCCUCCCACCGCGUCUCUAUUCAAGACUAUUCUGGCCCAGGGUCUGCUGCUGCUUUGAGCUUGAACUCCUGCCUCCAGCCUCUUGACCACGCAGCAUGGUGGAUAAGUGUGGACGGCCGGGGUUUAGACCCCAGCCAGCCCGGAUUUCUCAUCUACAACAUGGGGAUGGAAAUAACUGUACAGGGCUUUUGUGAGAAUUUAAAUGCGUUUCUGUUUAAGGUGUUCAGAACAGUGCUUGGCACAUGUUAAAUCCUCUGCGUCAGCUGUUAUCAUUUGCAGGGUGUCACAUCACUGUGUAAGUUGUAUGAAGCCACACGCUUUGCUCAGGUCCCCGCUGUAUCUUCAGUGCCUAGAACAGUACUUGGUGAAGUGGGGGGAAAAUAGGCUACACAAAGGAAAAAUAGGGGCAUGUAUAAGAGAUUUUAGUUAUCAUUUAACUGCUGACUAAUUAAAAUGGUACUCAGUAAAAUGUUAUUCUAAUAAAAGUGUCUUUCCACCCACUUCCUGCAAACAUCUAAUGAUACUUGGAGAAAUUGCUGCCCUUUGUACAUCAUUAUGUUGCUGGUAGCAUUGUGAAUUGAUAGUCUUUUCUGUAAUGUAUGUGACAACUCAUAGCAAGAUAGAAUUUGCCACUCUCCUUUGGCCUCAAUACCGUAAAGGCCUUGGGACAUGCUUGAAGAAAAUAAUUUGAAAGGAAAAAAGUAGUAUGUUCAUGAAGAUGUGCCUCCCACCAUUAUUUAUAAUAGUAAAAAUUAGAAACAACCUAAUGUUCUACAAUAGAGAUAGAGUUAAGUAAAUAACAUACAUGUUAUGAAUGGGAAGUGGAAGUGAGUAUGAAAAAAUGGAAAUACAUUAGGAUGGAGGAAUUUGCUGUUACGUUUGUUUAAUGGUUCCUUUAAUGUCAAAAUAAUAUUGUUUUUAAAAUUAGUAAACAUUGAAAAAAAUCCACACAAAAAUACUUCUCUCAUUAAGACUUUCUUAGAGCUCUUAGCAGCAGGGUAGAAAAAAAUUAAUUGGUUUCCCAAUUUCUGUGUUCCAGGAGCUCCUAUGCAAUCCUGGUUGGUCUCUUAUUGUGAUAUUUGGCUUCGUGGGCAUGAUUUUCAGAAUAAUUGGGAAUUACACGUAUGAAUUAAUGGCUCAUAGCUUUUUUAUUCUUUUAAAGAAGGAAGUAUUCUUUGAAAGCAUGGUUUAUGUUAAGAUUAAGAGCAGUACUUUCUUGUUUCUAAUCUUAGUUGUAUUGUUCUAAGAAAUGUUUGUCUUGUUUCCACUUGUUUCUUUAAUCAUAUUUAAGGAGUAUCCAUAAGGAGAGCUUUGCCUCCUUGAAAAUUAAAGCCUAGUGGUUCUGAGCUAUUCCCAAUUCAAAUGUCUGCAAAAUUGAAACAGUCAUCAUCACUCCUUUCACACACUUCAGAAGAGCCUGACAGCAUUCUGGUAGUGAAGAUGGAAAAGACAAAGGAGGCCUGUAAUCUGGAAUCCAGCCUCCACUGGAGAAGCUACUAUUGCCCAGAGACUUUCCGCCAGCGGUUUAGGCAGUUUGGCUACCAAGAGUCACCUGGGCCCCGGGAGGCUCUGAACCGGCUCCGGGAGCUUUGCUGUCAGUGGCUGAGGCCUGAGGUGUACACCAAGAAGCAGAUCCUGGAGUUGCUGGUGCUGGAGCAGUUCCUGGCCAUCCUGCCAAAGGAGCUGCAGGCCUGGCUGCGAGAGCACCGACCAGAGAAUGGAGAGGAAGCUGUGAUUAUGUUGGAGGAGCUGGAAAAAGAGCUUGAUGGACCGACUGAGCAGCCUCAGGUAACCUGUUUCCAGAUCUCUGGACAGAAUGAGGACAUGCUUGCAGAGAAGCUAGCACCUUGGGAAAUCACUACGGAGUCACCAAGUGGCCAGCUCAAGCCUGCGAAGCAGCAGCUACAGUGUACAUCCAUGGAGCUUCAGUCCUCAAGACAAAAUGAUAAAGACAUCAGAACUAUAAAUGUGAAAUCAGCUUCAAGGCAAAAGACUUCUUCAGGCACAGAACUGCAUUACGAUGUUUCCAACACUGUUCAUAUGAAUACUUCUCCCAGUUUCACAUCUAGAGGAACCUGUGAACAAGAUGGCAGGUUUGAAAGAAGACAUAGAAACCCUUCUCGAAAAAAACAACACAAGUGUGAUGAAUGUGGCAAAACCUUUAGUCGGAGCACAGCUGUUAUCCUACAUCAGAGAAUCCACAGUGGAGAGAAGCCAUAUGCAUGUGAUGUGUGUGCAAAGGCUUUCAGCCGAAAUGCAGCCCUAAUUCAGCAUCGAAGAAUCCACACUGGGGAAAAACCCUACAAGUGUCCUGAAUGUGGGAAAGCCUUUAGUAAGAACUCGAAUCUUUUUAGACAUAGGAAAAGUCACACACGGGGUGGCCGGUUGGCUCAGUUGGUUAGAGUGCAGUGCUCAUAACACCGAGGUCGCUGGUUCGAUUCCCACAUGGGCCAGUGAGCUACACCCUCCACAACUAGAUUGAAAAGUGACCUGACUUGGAGCUGAUGGGUCCUGGAAAAAAACACUGUUCCCCAAAAUUCCCCCAUAAAAAAUAGAAAAAAGAAAAAGUCACACUAGAGGAAAAAGUCCCAUCAGUAUCGUGAGGGAAUCAAAGCAUUCACUCAGAACUUUUUCAACAGAGGAAGAAGACACAAAACACAAACACCUUCUUAGUAUUGAUCAGUGGUUUUAAUGGGCACCAGUUUCCUUUCAAAAGUCAUAAAAGCCACAGGAAAGAAUAUGGACUCUUAUGUCAGCAUUACUUGCCUUUCUGCUUACCAGUACAGUGUCAGUUCAGAUGUUUGAGGUGCUAAAGCUUAAUUCAGAUUUCCAUCCUUAGGGUAGCUCUUGAAAACACAUUCUCAGAUAUGUUCUAUUUCCACUGUUAACACAAAUAAUGAAAUAGUACCUUUGACCCUUGGACAACAUGACAAGAGACAUCCCAUGGCAAGAGACAUCCCUGACCCUCCUUACGGCUAUGGUUUUUAUUAGUUAAGCUUUUUAAUAUGGGAAUAAGGAGGAAUAUUAUUAGUUCUCGAAAGAAUGGGUUUUCCCAGGAAUUUGGAAUGCAGCCCUAAUUUUUUGUCCUCCUUUUUU